AUGUUUGCUAAAUUAGGCAAUGCAAAGAUGACGGUGUAUUUUUCAUUAAUUAACUCCAAUUUUUUGUUUGAAUGUAAUUAACUCUAUAUGAGAAAUAUUACGUAUGAUUUGUAAAUUAAAGCAAUUGCUCAAAUCAAGAUUCAAAAAUAAAUUUAAAUAGCUAUGAAUCCUUUGCAAUAGCUUUACCUGUAGGCAAUCAUCAAGCACUAAGAGCAAGAAAAGGUGAAGUAAGAAGAACAAGUCCAAAAGUAAAGUAACGAGAUUCUGAAAUAGCAGCAACUGCUAUCGCUAAUGUCCUACUCGCCUAACAACCUUAUUGAAAAAAAAGCUUGGUCUCUAAUUGACAUUCAAAAUAGAGUUACCUAAUACUUUUAAUAAUAAGUGUUGAGAAAGUAAGUUGUAACAAUCAAAAACUGUAUUGAAUAUCACCUGCCCUACUUUUUGAAUGUAUUGGGUAAUUUGAUCAUUCAUGGAUUGGAUCAAAUAUAGGGGGAAACAGAACAAAUAGCCUUGCUUAAGACUUAAUUCAUUGCCUAACCAACCAAAAUUACAAUGAGUAGUUCUUUGUUUUAAACCCUCUCUCUAUUAUUGAGAUCAUAACUUGUAUAAUAUGACAAAGGUACUCCAUACCUUUCCAAAUUCCUAAUAUUUAGAGAUGACUUUUGUGACAUUUUCUUUAACACUCUUUAUUAGUAUUCGAUAUCUACAAACCAAUAAGUGAGUCAAUAACUGAGUUUCAAUCAACUUAAUUCUAUGAUCAAGAAGGUACCUGAAGAUGUUUGGGGCACUUUCAUUUUCAAGAUGCUUAGCUAAUAACAAUAGAAAUUGAACAAAGAUUAAUUCUUAGUCCAAUUCAAUCAAUACACUGUCAAUAUGAACAACUUCUUCAAAAAGUCCAAUUUGAUUUUUGAUGUCGUUGAAAACACGGUCAAACAAACAGCCUAGAUGCACAACGAUUCCAUUUUCCAAGAAUAUCUCUUAAUCAUGGGAAGCUUCAAAGCUACUACUCAAGACUUUCUUAGAAAGGCCACUAGUGUGUAUUUUGAGGAAAAUAAUGAUGAAAUUGAUUUGAACGAAUUCAAUAUUCGAACUUAAAGAAUUCACAAAUAGAUGAAUUGUUCAAUCCUAUACAUUCUACCUAUGUUAUUACAAAUUGAGAGUCACAUGAUUGACAUGAUACAAUAAGAUAGAUAUAAUGAGAACACCUAGGUCAAGAAUAGUUCCAAUUAUUAUCUUAAGAUGAUUGAGAAAUUGAAAAAUAAAUGUGUGUAUAAUGGAGAAGAUGAAUGCAAUUGCAAAAAGUGUCAAUGCAUCAGAAGAAAUAGGAAUUCGGCUAAAGAAUCCUAAAGAAAGAAAAGAGAAGCUCUUGAAAAGAUAGGUCCACUUCAGGAUGCCUAUGAAGAAUUGCAGAAAAAAGUUAAAGUGAUUGAAAAUGAAAAUGAGACUCUAAGAUAAUUGUUGACUGAGGUGUUUAAGCACCCCACUGUUUCAUAAUUAUCACCAGAGUUCAUUGAACCAUUGACUAAGGUUAUUUAAGAUACAGAUCCUGUACAACAUUCAAGUUCUUAUGAAUGUUGAUUAAAUAACAAUGUCCCCAUUAAGUAACAAAUUUGAAUGUCUAUAUAUAUAUCAAUAUAUGGAUAUUUAAUAAACAUAA